AUGGCUUAUAGUUGUGGCCGACACCAGGUAUUCAAUGGCGGUGGGCUUGUAGCUAGUGGUAGUGAUCGUUUCAAUGGUCACCUAAGAAGUGAUCAGCGAACAGUGACAGUGGAUGUUGGAAAGCUUGAUUCAACUUACCGAUGGUACUUCAGUCACGGUCACUAUACUGCUGGCCUGAUCGCUCUACACAUCAGCCUGGCUCAAUAA